AUGGCCAAAGGAAAGGGGAAGCGCUCCUCUGGAGCGACUGCCGUUGCCCCAGAAGGGGGGGUUAAUGACUCCAACACUGGUGCGGAUGCUGUCCCUCAGUUUGAGGAGAGUGCGUUUGCCGGCUUGCGCCAGAAGAUCGAACAGAGAUUGAAAAACCAGAACGCUGCUAAGCAAAAGCCAAAGAAUAAUAAGAAGGCUGCUCCCAACGAUACCCCGAACAAAAACAACGAAGCUCCCCCUAAGCCCGACACAAGGCGAGCCGAUACCGACAAGAAUAACAAGGGCAAGAAACGGGACCGCAAUGGAGAGGUGAUCGCAAGGGAAGACAAGAACGCCUCCGGAAAGGAGAAGUCGUCGAAAUCCAAGGAAGCCGAUCAGAGCGAUGCUCUACGACAGGAGAUUUUGGCCCUUGGUGGUACCGAGGAAGACUAUAACAUGCUGGCCGGGGUUGAUUCCGAGUCCGAAGUUGAAGAUGCUAAGAACACUUCCAAGGGUUCCGGUAGCAAGUCUGAGGAGGAUGCACUAAGAAAAGAGUUGUCGGGUAUUUUGGCUGCCGCUGGUCAAGUUGUUCCCGAUGACAUUGCCGAUGAUGAGGAAGACGAGGCGGGGCAAGAUGAGGAUGACGAGGAGGUAGAAGACGACAACGAAGAAGAAGACGAAGACAUGGAGGAUGACGAGGCCGAUAUCGACGCUGGAGAUGAUAAUGACAGUGGAGAGGAGGAUCAAGAAAGCUCAGAUGAGGAUGUUCCUCCAACCCCAGUUGCUAAGGAGACGAAAAAAGAGAAGGCCAAGGUAUCCGCGGAGCCUCCUCUUCCUAAGGAAUACAGCAAACUUACCGUCCCACCUAGAUCCGACUGGUUCAUGACCGAACUUCCUUCGAUCUCCGCGAAACAUGCGAACACGUUACCCAAACACUUGAUUGAUCGUGUUCAUACAUACGCUGUAUCCCUGCUUGAGGAGGAAUCCAACAUGUAUUCCGAAGCGCAGAAAACUUUGGCCUCCUCUUCUCACAAAUUCUACACGACUAUUAUGUCCACCGGUACUCUUAGUGAUAAGAUUUCGGCGUUGACACUUGCUAUACAGGAGUCGCCUGUGCAUAACACGAAAUCGCUGGAAAACCUUAUCGCUCUGGGAAAGAAGCGCAGUCGUGCUCAGGCGGUAGAAGUUUUGAGAACCCUUAAAGAUAUGUUUGCCCAGGGCACGUUACUUCCGAACGACCGUAGGCUCAGGUCUUUCGCGAACCAGCCAUCGCUCAUGGCUGCAUUCCAAGGGGCAGGAAGCAAGUGGUCUGAAGGAGACGCCCUUCCCAAUGGUCUUCAGAAGCGCCACCUUAUCGUUUGGGCAUUUGAGAACUUCGUGAAGGAACAGUAUUUCGAGGUCCUCAAGAUUUUGGAAGUAUGGUGCAAUGAUGAGAUUGAGUUCUCUCGUUCCAGGGCCGUGAGCUACGUUUACGAGCUGCUCAAGGAAAAACCUGAGCAGGAAACAAAUCUUUUGCGACUAUUGGUUAAUAAACUUGGUGAUACUGCCAAGAAGAUCGCUUCUCGAGCUUCCUACCUUUUGCUACAGCUCGAGCAAGCACACCCAUUGAUGAAGCCAACCAUCAUCAAGGCAGUCGAGGAGGUUCUUUUCCGUCCAGGUCAAAGCCAGCACGCCAAAUAUUACGCCAUUAUCACCCUGAACCAAACUGUCUUGAGUACAAGGGAGGAGCAAGUUGCGGCCCAACUCCUUGACAUCUAUUUCGCGCUCUUUGUUGCCUUCUUGAAGCCCACCAAGAAGAACAAACCGAGUAAAAAGCAUGGCAAGAACGGCAAGCUCAACAGAAAGGCCCAGAAGGCCCUGAAGGAGGAGGAGAAGGGUCAGGCUCAGCAUGAGGAAAUGCAAGAAAAGCUCACUUCUGGCGUUUUGACCGGUGUGAACCGAGCUUAUCCCUUCACCAGCUCUGACUCGGAACGACUUGCUAAGCACGUCGAUACCUUGUUCCGCAUCACUCAUUCGUCGAACUUCAACACUAGCAUUCAAGCCCUUAUGUUGAUCCAGCAACUGACAUCUUCCCACCAAAUUGCUGCUGAUCGUUUCUACCGGACAUUAUACGAAUCUCUUCUGGACCCACGGUUGGCCACGUCUUCAAAACAGGCACUCUAUCUUAACCUAUUGUUCAAGGCUUUGAAGAGCGACGUGAACGCUCGACGUGUCAAGGCAUUCGUGAAGCGUAUUAUACAGGUGCUUGGUCUGCAUCAGCCGGCCUUCAUCUGUGGCGUUAUGUAUUUGAUCAGGGAAUUAGAGAAGACAUUCUCUAGCCUCAACUCCUUAUACGAUCAGCCCGAGGACAAUGAGAGUGAUGAGGAAGAGGUGUUCAGGGAUGUUCCUGAUGAGGAUGAUGAGGCACAAGAACAGCCUGAAGCCCAGCCGAAGAAGCCAUCAAGCCGUUAUGACCCUCGCAAGCGAGACCCGGAGCACAGCAAUGCUGAUAAGACAUGUCUCUGGGAAUUGGUGACUGCCUUAUUUGUCACAUUUCCAUCCGUCCGUUUCGGUCAAUGCGGCUCAGCUGUUAGAACACAAGACUAUGAGCGGAAAGCCGGAUAUGACGAUACACACAUUGAUGCACUUCCUCGACCGCUUUGUCUACAAGACGCCGAAGGCUCUGCCGCUACCCGGGGUGCCUCUAUCAUGCAGCCCCUUGCCGGCAGUGACGCGCAAGAUCGGUUGGUGUCCGGUAUUAAACAGACCCAGGACGUUCCGCUCAACUCCGAGGCCUUCUGGAAGAAGACGUCCGACGAGGUGGCCGCGGAAGAUGUCUUCUUCCACGAGUACUUCAACCGUGUCGAGAAGGACAAGGAUAAGAGCCGCAAGAAGGCUAAGGAUCCCGUCGAGCAUGCCGAAGAGGAUGGCGAGCUCAGCGAUGCCGAGUCGGAGAUCUGGAAGGCACUGGUGGAUUCGAAGCCCGAAGUGGAAGGAGCUGAUAGCGACGAUGAUCUUGACUUGGAUGACCUUGAGUCUGCCUAUGAUCAAGAUGAGGACGAGGAGGCUGAAGAAAGUGGAGACGAGGGAGUCAUCUUCAACGACGAGUCUGACGUGGACAUGGACGACUUCGAGGAAGAGGCUUCCGAGAAGCCAGCGACCAAGUCCAAGGCCAAGAAGGCUGAAGAUACAUUCGACGAGGAUGAUGACUUCAACAUGGAUGUUUCUGACGACGAAGCGUUCCUCGACAGUGACGAGGACCUACCUUCGGACGUGGAACUCGGCGGCGGAGUGGAGCUCCCGAAGGAGGACGACAAGUCGGAUCAGAAGAAGAAGAAACGCAAGCUCAAGCAUCUGCCGACCUUCGCCUCGGCGGACGACUAUGCGGCCCUGCUGGCCGGGGAGGACGAGGGCAUGUAA